ACAGGAAAUGGGAUGGGGCCGGUUCCGGGUGCCUGGCAGCCUCUGAGGAGAGCGGAGCGUGGCAACUGGAAGCCGGGGAGGCAAAGCUGAGAUGUUCCGGAUCGAGGGCCUUGCGCCGAAGUUGGACCCCGAGGAGAUGAAACGGAAGAUGCGCGAGGAUGUGCUCUCGUCCAUACGGAACUUCCUCAUCUAUGUGGCCCUGCUGCGAGUCACACCUUUUAUCCUAAAGAAAUUGGACAGCAUAUGAAGAUGGGCACCACAUGUGAAUGCAUGAUAUGAGGAACCCAGUUACAAUUUCUACUCCUAUCUACAAAUGAAUAGGCCCAGAAAUGUGUAAGAGACUCUUGGAUUGAAUGGACAUAAAAAUUCUACUUGUUAAGAACAAGUUCGGCUCUGGUGACUGACCUUCAUAGCUAAAAUUUAAAACUACUUGGGAAGUAAAGACAUCUUGGGUCAUAAUACACCCUUAUGCCUGUGAUGUUCAGCCUCUGUGAAUGUUGAUAUAAUUGUAAGUAAUGUCAAAGUCCAUUUUCUAGCAAGUAUUAAUUAUAAGGGAAUUAUGUGUACAAUAGCACUGUCUUGUUAGUCAUUUCUGUUUACCUUUUUACUUCUGUCUGGAGUAUGUAUGUUGAAGAAUUCCUUAUGAUUAGUUUUGUUUUACAGAAACCAGCACACAGCCCCAACAACACUUGAGCACAGGACUAUCAGUCUAUAUUUUUAAUUAAAGUAGCGACUAAGGAAAAAAUUGGGAUUUUAUUUCUCUUAACCUGCUUUUUGCUGCAGACCUCUUUAAUAUUAUAAUUAUUACCAACUACAUUAAAUUGAGUUCCUCUUGUUUUGGACUGAAGGAUUGACUGACAUUAUUUUAUUGUUAAGCAGUCUUUGUGAAGGGCGGCAUUGCUCCGUGAUGCUGGGAAUCCAUCUGUACCACCACCAAAGGAAAAAGUGCUGUUUUAUGUCCAUUCUCUAAGUUUAUUGGGGGAAGAGGACAGUCCUUAACAUUCUUCCUGGAUACAACUGCAGUCACCUCUUUUUAGCUAAUUGUAUCGGUAUUUACCUUCACGUCUCUGAAUAGCAUGAUUGUAUUGUUACAGUAUGAUUUUAUGAUUUUUCUUUUUAGACAUUGCCUACUGAUUUCUCCAUGUGUGGAGGGAUUAGGACUCUUUCCUUACCUACGUCAUUCUUACUGUUUUUCAUUUCUUCUUCCUUCCGAUGUACUUAGUGUGCUUUUGUGUGAAUCAAUUUCAUGAUGACUCUAAAUGCUGUUUGUUUUCUUUUCCUGUACAUAGUUUUGUUUUUCCUUGGCUUCGUUUUCUAUAAGCUUAAACUAAAUCAACUAGACCCUUUGCCAUAUAUCUAAAUUGAUCACAGUGUUCAGUUUCACUAGGCCUCCUGUUUCAUCUUGGCAAAUAAGUCUUUCCUGGAGCUUUCUGACCUGUCCCAGUUUGGACUGUGGUCUCCUAUGCCUUAGGUGUAGUGCUGUGUUCUGUGAUCUCCACUGACCGGCCAUUCCAGGAAUUCCUUUUCCUCUUCUCUCAUGUUGGAUCUCUUUUUUUCUGCAUCUUGUUUACUUUAUCUCACAUCCGGAAUGCAUUUGAGUCUCUGUAUUGAGUACAGUACCUCUGCCCAUAACUGCCUAGCAUCCCCAAUCCAGAGAACCCUCUAUUUUACCCUUUUCAGAAAAUAAAUGUCUGAUUUGGGGAGGGAGGUGGGCAAAAGAGGCUGCUUAGUUAGCAACAUAGAGUUGCAGAGAGCAUUAUGAAUACUUAAAUCUUCCACCAGUCCUUAUUGUAGUGUCUACCCCUUUGCUCCUACUUCCAAAAGUAGUGGAAGACGCCAGUUCCUGAACCUUAUAGGGAUUCUCUGAUGUAAGUUGGGUUGUUUGCUUUUCUACUGCUGACUCAAGAUGUUUUCUUGGAGCUACCAUGUUAAUUAAUUGUCCAUCUGCUUUCCCGCUUCUAGCUUUUUGCUGCUAUUGUCUCCUUUCUUUUCCCAUUCUUUUAGAUUUAUGCCUUAAGACAAAAAUCUUUGCUGUCAUUUAACGGAAUUUCAGGAGGCAGUGGAAGCAGAUGAUCUACCAUCUUUACCCAAAUAGCAUGUAUUUUUACCCUGUGAUGCUGUAUUUCAUUUUGGUAAUUUUAUAUUCAUUCCUGUCCUAAGGAGGUUUGUUAUAUAGCACCAUGGUCACAGUUACUGGCUCUAAAGACAAGCAGAUGUGAUUUUGUGUCUUGAUUCCAACAUGUAGGAGAUGAAUGACUUUCAGCAACUGAACCUCUGUAUCUUAUUUUCUUCACCUGUAAAAUUAGCGUGGGGGGAACAUUUAUCUACUUCAGAAUGUGUAAGGAUAAAGUAAAAGAAUACAAGUGGA